UCACACGGCGUUGGCGGUCGUCGUCCGGUGCCAGAGUUCUUGUCGUCCCCACCUGUCGUCCGCGCGCGCGCGUGUGUCCCGUCUUGGCGGUGCGAUAACAGAUCCGUGAUAAGCGAUAACAGCUGAUAACAGCAAGGCGACAAGACGGCCGCCGUCAAGACGUACAACAACGACCGAGACGAUUGCGGCUGGCCCUACGAUGUGAUCCGGCCGAGUGCGAUUAUGCCAAGGAACAUCAAACGAUGGCUGACGGCGUUCCAGAUACUGCUGGCCCUGUUGGUACUCACGUCUCUGGUGUUCUAUCAACAGGUCGGCGGACUGAUCGGUGGCAACGUUACGGUCCCCAGCCAGCAGCAGCAACAGCAACAGACGUUCAAAGGAUUAUUGAAUGAGUUGGACACGUCCGAUUUGGAGAAACCGUCUGACGACACUUUGUUGCUGGACUUGGACGAUAGCGUACUGCAAAAUACAUUUAUUACAGUGAAAACGACCGGAAGAAAUCAUUUGACUCGCUUGCCAGUCAUUAUAAAAACAUGGUUCCAGGUCGCCAAAGAUCAGACUUGGUUUUUUACCGAUACUGACGAUCGUCACCUGAGCCAAAUUACAAAUGGUCAUGUAAUAAAUACUAAUUGUUCAGCUACUCAUAGCAGGCGUGCCUUGUGUUGUAAAAUGUCUGUAGAAUUGGAUAUGUUCCUCGAAACAAAAAAAAAGUGGUUUUGUCACGUCGACGAUGACAACUAUGUUAACGUACCCGCAUUGAAUGAACUGUUGAAAACUUUUGAUCCAAUUGGCGAUUGGUAUUUAGGACGAACUAGUACACCAAAGCCUUUGCAAAUUCGGACCAAAUCCCAAAAAACUACAUUUUGGUUUGCCACUGGUGGUGCAGGAUUUUGUCUAAGCCGCGCGUUGGUGCUAAAAAUGGCUCCGAUUUCUGGCAAUGGCAAGUUGAUGGCGAUCGGAGAUCGGAUAGGACUUCCAGACGACGUGAGCGUCGGUUACGUCAUAGAACAUUUACUGAAGAUACCUCUGACCAGAGUUGAACAAUUUCACUCGCACCUCGAACCCAUGAGACUCAUCAAAAAAGAAAUGUUCGGCGAACAGCUGACAUUUAGUUAUUCACUGGAUAACGAGCCGAAUACGGUGGACAUCGAAGGAUUCAGUGAAAUAUACGAUCCAACGAGAUUUAUUUCGUUGCAUUGUUUUUUGUUUCCCGAAUUUUCCGGUUGCGACGACCAGUGAGCAACGACAGCGCUCACCGCAAAGGUAUAUAAUAAUAUUAUAAUCUAAGGGCUGGUUGGACAUUGAAAUUAUCAUACUUGUCGGCCAAAAGUGUUUUCAGUCUAUCUGUAUGGGAUUUUCGACUUGCACACAUACACGGUAAUCCAGAGUGCGAUGAGAAAAUCAUUAAUCAUCAGAUCAUUUUUCUUGAAUUAAAGUGCGCCAUCAUCGUCAUAGAGGUACAAGGUUGGGAAUCCGUCACAGCGGCCAGGGGUUAGGUUGACCGGGUACAAUAUAAUAUAUUAUACUUUUUUUUUUGUAUGCGUUUCCUGUGUUUUGAUUCCUGAUUUUUCCAUAAUGCACCGACCGGCCGGCAGUCGCCUCGUUACCGGUGCUUGUUAUGAUUAAAAAAUAUAAUAAAAAUACAAUAAUAUAUCUCCUCUCUCUAAGUAGGUACACGACGGGCGUACUCGGGUUUCGUUUAAAAAAAAAAUUGACAUUUAAAAUAAUAAUACAAUUCUACUCGAGUAACAACGAGCACACGGUUAAUGGCCAAACACGAUUGAACGAAUAAAAAAAUAAAUGUAUGUAUAUUGUAUACAUAUAUAUAUUAAUAUGUAGCUCGUCAAUCUUGACUAACGAGAGAUUUAUCAUCGUUAUAAAAUAUACUGCAAAAUACUAUAAUAACAUUUUUUUUUUUUUUGUAAUCUGGUGUCAAAUUUACACAUAUCUCUACACACACUCUUUUUAUCAUAUAUAUAUAUUUUCAUCUGAAAUAAUUAAUUAUUCAACAUUCGAUACGAGCCGCGUUCGGUAUCAGGCUUCUAUAAUUGUGUUAUUUUCCUAUAAGUAGAUUAUAAUAUUAUACUGAUGGACGUGUAUUAUUAUGUGAUGUAACACACAACGGGUUCGGCUAUCAAAUAAUCGAACACCGCUAAGGUUUCGCUUAUCGUCGUUGAUCGCCCCUUUCAAUAAUAUAAAGUUGUUUAAAUUUUUUUUUUAUACAUAUAUUGUAAAAUGAAUAUGUAUAAGGCAUUGCACAUGUACUGAACUAUAUACUUACGGCAGCUAUGUAUUUUUUGUUUUAAACACCUUAAAUUACUUUUGUAUUAUUUGUUGUUACAAUGAUAAUAAUGUAAUAUUAUAUUAUACAUAACUAAUCUGUGAUAUAGAAAAAUAAGUUGUAGUUGUUAAUUUCGUAGAUCUUAUGGUUAGACGUUGGUUGUUUGUUAAGACUAGUAAAAAAAAAAAAACAAAAUGAACAGUUAUUUAUUUUUAAUUUACACGUAUAAAUAUAUAU